AUGGAACAUCUGUCCUUCAUCGGUGCAUCGUGUGGAGACCUGAAGUCAUCGCGGAAAGUCCCUGUAAAGCCAACAACCGGCAUGCCUUAUACGUACUCGAUAGAUCUUGGAAAACCGUCGACCGAACAAAUUCAUUUGUUUGUGGACAUUGUAUUAACUGAAUUGUUAGAACCAAGACCUGCUGAGAUUUAUCAAGCUGAUAAGCAGUUCGUCAAGUUUAGUGGCAAUGCUUACUUUUAUUCCCCGUAUCUGACUGACAAUCAGCUAACGUACAUUCACUUGCCAAAGGGUCAACUUCUAACUCACACUGCUACGUCAAUCCCACCUGUCAUAAAUGGAAAUAAUUUAGUCUAUGGUACUUACGAAAGCCGUCCAGCCUUCUCGACGGAGCCACUUGUCCUACAUUUCGAGUAUUACGUUCCAUUCCUCACGGUCACUGAUAUGACUCGUCUCAUCGAAGUAUCGCAUUGGGGAAAUAUUGCUGUUGAAGAAACGCUUGAAAUCGUGAACACGGGUGCGAAGUUGCGUGGUUCGUUUUCUCGUUUGGAUUUUGAUUAUGGAGUUGGACAACAGGUAGCAGUCAACUCCCUUAAGACAGUUCUACCACCAUCUGCAAAAGACAUUUACUAUCGCGAUGAGAUUGGCAAUAUAAGCACAAGCACAGUCAAAAACCUGCUAGAUUCCGUGGAGGUGACUCUCGUUCCGCGCUUCCCGUUGAUGGGUGGAUGGAAAACGCGCUACACAAUAGGAUACAACAUCCCAGCCUAUGAGUUCCUCUAUCACAGUGGUUCUAAGUUUGUUCUUGUAAUGCCGUUCAUUGACCGUGUUUACAAGGAUCAAUUCAUUCGCAACUUAACGCUGAAAAUUGUUCUCCCCGAGACUUCUGACGAUAUUCAGUUCGAAACACCUUUUCCAGUUCAUGAACAGCAUUUUGAAAAUUUGAAAACAUACUUAGACACAUCAGGCCGAACCGUUAUCGUCUGCAAAGCUGCAAAUCUUGUCGAUGAACACAUUCAAGAUUUCAAGGUGAAUUAUCGCUUCUUUCUGCCAAUGCUCCUCCGAGAACCUAUGAUGCUGAUUUUAGCUUUCUUAUGUAUAUUCGGUGCUGUAAUUAUUUAUGUCCGCUUGGACUUUUCGAUCUACAAGGAUGAAAAAAAUGAACUUCGCCUUCGAAUACAAACGCUAGUAGAUGAAACUCAAGCCUUGCUAAGAUGUCGUUCUUCUUUGUAUCAAUGUUAUGAAGAUGCCCUGACAAAAUAUAAAGGAUCUAAAGAUAGCGCACAAUUCACAACUGAUCGCCGUAAAUUAGAAGCGGAAUAUAAAAGUCUAAAUCAACAGUUGAUGUCAGUUCAGAAUAAAAUGGGAGAUUUAUAUCCGGACGGAGUAGAUAAAUUGAACGACAUCAACCAUUUGGAUCAACAAUAUCGUGAUCUAGUUCAAGAAGGUAUCCAACUGGCAGAAAAACUCCUCACUGGCAAGUUGACAAAACCACAAUAUCAGUCCUCAAAUGACGAUUUAUGUUCCAAGAAAGCUGAUAUAAUCUACAGGAUAGAUUCAAUAUUAGAAUGCCUCUAG